GCCCUGUGACCGCAUCCCUCUGCUCACACUGCUCUCCAUUCUUCUCAGCUGCAGGAAGAACAGUUGGAUUGUGGGGCCGCGCAUCUCCAGCACCCGCUCACCAUCAAUCGGCCUCUGUCUGCCACCCCGCUCUUCAAGGCUCCUGGACUGACCUCGGUGGCGGUGGCCAACGUUAGCGGCUACACGGUGGCCUUCCUUGGCACGGCAGGCGGGCAGCUUCUGAAGAUCACUCUGGAUGAUGACAUGAAAAUCGUGAGCCGUCAGUCCCUUCUGAUAGCGCGGGGUGAGCCGGUCCACCACAUCAUGCGCUUCGAUCCUGUGAACCCCACCUACCUCUACGUGAUGACCACACAUCAGAUGGCGCAGGUAAAGGUGGCGGAUUGCAACACGUUUCAGACGUGUACGGAGUGUCUGGGGGCAGCAGACGCCUAUUGUGGUUGGUGCACAAUGGAAGCCAGGUGUUCCAUGCAACAAGAAUGCUCUAAUUCUGAAGAUGGCGUGUUCUGGACCAGCCCAAGAGGAGGGGUGCAGCAGUGUCCGACGGUCAAAAUUAUCCCGGAUAAAAUCGACUUCUCCUCCGAGACUCUGACGAUCCUUCUCCACAUCACGGGGAACCUCCCCAGCCUCCAGUUACUGAACUCUUCCUGUGACUACGGGAAUGGGAUUCGCUUGCCGGCC